GAGUGGAAGCGAAGCACGAAGCUGGGUCGUCGUCGAGCGUGCGAGGAGCUCUGCGAUCACAUACGGAACGCGCAUUUUCUCUCUGCUGCUUGCGAUGGGGCGAUCUAGAUCGGUACCUGCGUGCGCUGAGGCUGGCCUUGUCAGUCUCGGAUUGCUUUUGAUUUAACUCCGGCGACGAAACGUGGUCGGAUGUGGACGUUUCCAAACCUUUUCCAAUGCUCUUUCCUUGGCUUCUCAACUUCCAGUGCGAAGCACGAGUUGUAAGAGUUUACAGGAUGAAGGAUGCUGAGGAUAAGUCAGGGUCAGUAACAACUAUGAAUUUGGGCUCAGUGCUUAUUUAAUUGCAUUAAAGGCAGUGCAUUUCCUAUAUACGAUAGUGUCUUUGCGGAUGUAAUUGGCUAUCUACAGAAACCGAAACGGACGCGAUCUCCUCCUUAAGUCACUUCCAAUGCUUCCAUUCGAAAAUAUUGUUGGGGCUGUGUGCAUCCAAUGCUUGUGAGUUGGAAGGAUAAGGAAAUUAGGAGACACCCAAAUGGCAUCGGCCAGGCGGCCAAGAACAACCUCAAAACCUACCACAAGGAUUGCAGGUGGUGUAGAUAGGGACGAAGAUGGAAUUGGAAAAAGUAAAUUUAGGAAGCGAAAACUGACAGAUAUUCUUGGACCUCCUUGGAGUGAAGAAGAUCUUGAGUUGUUCUACCAAGCCUUUCGCAAGUAUGGCAAGGACUGGAAGAAGGUGUCUGCGAGCUUACACAAAAGAACGACAGAAAUGGUGGAGGCUUUAUACACCACAAACAAGGCAUAUUUGUCUCUCCCAGAUGGAGCUGCAUCUGCUACUGGACUUAAAGCUAUGAUGACAGACCAUUAUAAUCUCCUGGUCGAAAACCCGAGUGCAGGUGCAGAAAGUAGUGAUGAUUGUGUUGGUUCAGACGAGAGGUCAAAUCAUGUGCAGCUCUCGAAGAAAAAAGUUACCAACAUAGGAAUGGAAAGCAGCAGCAUUCGUUCAGAUGGCAUUGUAGGAGCUAGUGGUUUUGGAGGUUCUUCACCCGCUAAAAGACCAAGAACAUAUCGUAAUCGACCAGUUGGCAAACGUACUCCUCGCUUUCAAACGAGUAACGCGUCUGAGAGAAGAAUAAGAAUCAUCAAAGCUUCUGUCUCCAAGCUUCAAAACAGGGUCGAAGAGGAUUCUGACUCUGAUGUAGCAGCUGCCCGGACCCUGGUGUCAAAGCAGUCGGCUUCACCAACGGCAUCAAAUACUCCUUCAAGGAGGAGCCUUCGACAAACCUCAUUUCAACAGAAUGGUGAUAAGGAGUCACUGUGGAGGACAGAGUCUGAUGCUUCUGUCAAGCCCACCGCUUCAACAAGCCAAGCAGAUAAUCAGCUGGAGGGAAGCCCUGAAAGCAAAGACUUGCAGAACGAGGGUGCUACCAAAGCAAGCAGCAGCACUCUGAGGUCUGACGCGGACAGGAAAACUCCGACAGUUGGAGAUGCCAAGAGUAAACUGAAAAAACCUUUCUCUAAGAAGACUAAGUUCCAGAAUUCGGAUAGUAAGCAUCAAACUUCCAAGUCGAGAGAGAAGAGGAAAGAAGACGUCAAGGAAUUGGUGGAAGCAUCUGAAAGGCAAGGGAGCGGCGCUGAUGAGCCAGCAGAGGGGUCUAGUCAACCAUCUUCUGCUCAGAGGAGGCGGCGUCCUGUCUCACCUCCUCCUAAGCAGAAGAAGAGAAGUCGACAGCUUUUCUCAGGAGAUAGCAACAGCGGGCUGGAUGCUUUAGCGACUUUAGCGGCUUCGUCAUUGGAGCUGGAAGGUCUGGAACUUGGUGAGAAUUUGAAUGUUGUUGCCAAUGCCGCAGCCAGUUUUGAAGACAAAACUGAGAAGGUGGAAAUCAAGGGUGGGAAGCAAUCUAGCCCAGAGGUUGCUAACUCAAAGCACGAUUUGAAGUCCUCACAAGCUGAGGAUAUGCAAGAUUUACACAAUGGUAGUAAGGAAGAGGAAGGAGAUUUAAACACAGAAGAAGAGGGAGCAGCUUCCGAAGAUAGACAACCAUCUACUUCACCGGCAGAUUCCAGAAAGCGGAAAAGAAAGCAUUCUGGUGACAAGAUUUCCAAAGUUGUGGCUUCAGUCCCUGAAGGAGAAGCUUCAGCAUCGCCGAAUCCAUGGACCAAACUAAAGAAGCUAGCAGGAACCAAGUUACUGUCUUCAAAACAGGGGCAUAAGCUCCUGAAAAGGUGGUCAGAAAGUGGAGUUGCAGAUGGUGCGGAUUCUCCUGGUCAUGGUAAGCAGAUCUCUAUGGAGGGAAGAGAAGAUCUUUCUAUAGACAUUGAUGAAAGUUCUCUCCCUCUGAAACUUCGGAGUAAGAAGAAAGGAGUACCGGAGAAAUUGCCUACGGAAAAAACUAGUGCUCCGGUCAAGUCAAACAGUGGGUUUAAUUCCCCACAUCAGGAAUCUGUGAGAAAAGAACAAGCUUUCUGUCCGCACACAACCCCUGAACUCGGAACAGAUAGUGCCAAGGCCAAAAUCAUUCAUUGCCUAUGUCCCAAGGUUCGGCGAUGGUGUAUGUGUGAAUGGUUCUACAGUGCUAUUGACCUUCCUUGGUUCGCACGCAAUGAAUUUGUUGAGUAUCUGAAUCAUGCUGGCCUUGGCCAUGUCCCAAGGCUCACUCGCGUCGAGUGGGGCGUUAUACGAGGUUCUCUCGGGAAACCCAGAAGACUCUCCAAGCGAUUUCUUCAAGAAGAGAGGGAGAAGUUGGAAACUUAUCGUGAGUCAGUACGCACACAUUAUCAUGAACUUCGAAAUGGACUUAGAGAAGGGUUACCUGCAGAUUUAGCGCGUCCCUUGACGGUUGGGCAAAAAGUGAUUGCUCGACACCCAAAGACGCGUGAAAUACACGAUGGAAGCAUCCUUACGGUUGAUCGUUCUCGCUGUCGAGUACAGUUUGAUCGACCUGAACUAGGUGUGGAGCUGGUUAUGGAUAUCGAUGCAAUGCCAAUGUAUCCACUUGAGAAUGUGCCUGAAGUGAUGCGACGGCAUUUCACAUCUGUGGAAGGGAUAGAGCGCACACCCGGAGAUGAUUCUAAACCAAGGGCGUGGAAUGCUUCGGGUGGAGUUGGAGGUGUUGCUCGUGCAGCCUUGAAUGAGCGCCUGGAACGUCGGGUUACCAUGUUAUCACAACGUUUUCUUAGCGAUCUGUCUAAGCGGGCGCAGACGGAUACCCUAGAUGCUGUACGAGAGGCAAAAGAAGUUACUAACAGAGCAGUGCGUGAGGCAAAAGAUGUGACUACUAAGUCAGCUGUAGCCUCUCAAAGAGUUGGUUCACACCAACCACUAGGCGGUUUUCAGGCACAAGCUAUAGAAGCAGAUGCACGUGCACUGGCUGAACUUGCACGUGCACUUGAUAAAAAGGAAGCUCUUGUUAUGGAGUUACGACAAAUGAAUGGCGAGGCAAGUUGCAAUUGGGAAGGAUUUAAGGCUGCUGAUAACUUUCAACGCCAAUAUGCCACAGUCGUUCUCCAGCUUAAGGAAGUCAACAAGCAGGUUACAAAUGCCCUGCUUCUUUUGCGGCAAAGAAACAAGUAUCAUGAUAAUGCUGUUCUUCCCUGGCAUCGUUUAAGUUCUCAGGGAAUUUCAGAUGUUGCAGAACCUAGUGAACCAUGGGUAUUAGACACAACGUGUGCCCUUGCAGAGGUGACCAUUUCGGCUAGAAAGCAGGCCAGCCUUAUGGUUUCUACUGCAGUGAAGGCCAUGGAUACUCUAAAAGCAGGAGAAGAUGCCUUCCAGAAAUUGGGAUGUGCAUUGGAGGCUAUUUCUGUCCCGGGAUGCGUAUCAGUUCCACUCCAGUUAUCUCCUUACCCUGCUCCAACGUGUGAAGUUGGUGGAUCUCAGGGUGUUUCUACACCAAGUGCUCAGCCAGGUUCGCGUGUACAGUCCUCCUCGUCUUCAAUCACAGAAGACAACAGUGAAGUUGAUACUGGAACUGUGGCCAGCACCAGUAGGUUGUCCCCGGUCGACAAGAAUGGAUCUGCUCAGAGGCCAGCUGCUCUUGAGGCAGCUGCCCAGGAUCUGAUGCAAGAUCUCAAUCAUGCUGCGACCCAAUCAAGUGCAAGCAGGGAUUGCCUGUUUCCCAUGGAGCUCAUAAAAUCAUGCAUUGCUACAUUGUUUAUGCUACAGACACUAUCAGAGACGCCUUUUUCAUCAGCCGAAGUGCAGCAAACCUUGGAUUCUGCACUGAGGACUUUGCGGCCUAAAUCUGCAAAGAACCACGCGAUUUACAAAGAGAUAGAGCAGCAGUUUGCAACUGUAAAAGCACAGAUCACGACUCAGAUACCUUUUCCCAAUUCUGCUCCAUUGUCACCUUUUGUAGAUUCUAUGCCUUCUGUUGCCCCUAAACCUACACCUCCUAAUACCCUGUAGCGGAUUUGCUCCUCAAACGCACUCGUGCAUUCGAUUGAGUUAGACGUUGAUUGGAAGCACCCAGAGCCACACCCGGGCCCAUCGGGAGUCAUUAGCUUGUUAUGAAUUACGAAUAACAAGAACUGAGAUUGAUUAGGUUUUGUACUCUUGGUUGUAGGACUGAAUCUUCUUGAGUUAGAAAUUGCUUCAUAACCACACCAUCAAUAAAACUUCGUGUGUCAAGCACCGCAGAUCCUCCUCGAAUGUA